AACCCCAGCAGCAGUGGAGGGAAGCCCCACUCCACACCUCCCACUGCGCCCCCACCUCGCCUCCACCCUGCCGGUUAAAGACUGGCUCCAUCUCAGACCGGACAGUUAUUAUAAGCUGAGAACAGAUCAGUCCGUUUUAUGGAGGGACCUUCAUAUUUUUGCUCUGAAAAUUUGCGUUUUCUGGUCAAAAAAUUUCAAACUUUCACAUUUUGUUGCUGCGUGGAUUUUACUGAGGAAUGAACGGAAGCAGCUCGGUGUUUGGAGCCGAGCAGCUGCGCCUAAUGUCGGACAAAACUCCUGCUUUCACUUCCUCCGCCUGAGGAAUGAAAAGUGCGUGAAGCUGCGGACUGAGAGUCUCCCCGCAGCAGUGUGGAGCGCACUCACUGGAUGAUCACCUGCUGGAGGCGGAGUCAGCCCAACUGGGUCAUAUUGUAACCAGGACUCCACUCUGAGGACAAGAUGUCUGCCGGUGCAGGCUCCGCCCCCCGGCGCCAUCCAUGGAUCUGGUGUUUCCUGGCUCUGAUCACAGCUCCUCCAGGAGGUCAAGGGGGCGACCUGAUGGAGCCGUGUGGCGGGCGGGACUGCACCACCUGCCAGUGUUUACCUGCCAAAGGAGCCAGGGGUUUCCCAGGUCCUCUUGGUCCGCAGGGGCCUCGGGGGCCUGCAGGCUUCCCGGGCGGACAGGGACUUCCAGGGCAGAAGGGCGGUAGAGGAGCCGAGGGGCCGAUGGGAGGUCAUGGGGUAAAAGGAGAUGCUGGCCCCACCGGUCUGCAGGGUUUUCCGGGUUUGGACGGAGUCCCGGGCCUCCCCGGCCCGGCUGGAGGGCCUGGUCAUCCAGGUCUGGACGGAUGCAACGGAACCAGAGGAAACCAGGGGUAUCCGGGGCUUCCAGGAGAACAAGGCCCUAAUGGAGAACCGGGUUUUACAGGUCCGAAGGGACUUAAAGGAGAGCCAUCGGCCAACUUCAUCCAGUACCCCGGAGCUCCUGGCGACGCCGGGCCCAGCGGACUGCUGGGUCUGCCGGGGGAAGAUGGUCUGCCGGGGCCGACCGGACCCGCGGGGCCAACCGGAUCAGCUGGACCCGCUGGCUCUCCUGGUUCACCCGGACCCAGGGGCCCGCCUGGUCAAAAAGGUCGAUUACUGCCGGGACCGAAAGGAGAGAAGGGAGACCAGGGCCCCGAGGGGCCUCCGGGGCCCUUCGAGUACAUUGACGUUCCAGAGGACUUGUACAUCAAAGGGGAGAAGGGAUCUUCAGGGGAACCAGGACAGCGUGGCGUUCAGGGACUCCAGAGUCGGGAUGCGCCGCCUGGGAUCAAAGGAGAGGCGGGGAUCGUUGGAUUUCCAGGAGCCAGAGGGGAUUCUGGUCGACCCGGUCCGUCCGGACGGAAAGGCCCCCGGGGGAUGGAAGGGAGCCAGGGCCUCCCAGGACUGAUAGGUCAAGAAGGUUUUAAGGGCUUUGCUGGUGAUCCGGGCCCUGAAGGCCCCCCUCUGAUCGACGAUGUCACUCACAUAGGCGAGGCCGGGGACCCUGGGUUCCCCGGGAAGAGGGGCCCUCCUGGCGACAUGGGGCCAAUGGGAACGCUUGGUCCCCCAGGAUUCCCAGGAUCAUCAACACCAGGACUUAAAGGUUUUGAUGGUCCGAAGGGCCAACCUGGGUACAAAGGGGAGAGAGGAGAUCCGGGUCAGACUACAGACGAAGUGGCACACGGAGAACCUGGAAAACCAGGACAGCGGGGACAGCGAGGGCCGAAAGGACAGCAGGGCCUCCCAGGAACGGUCUGUCUUAAAGGAGACAAAGGAGGCAUGGGAGAGCCAGGUGAUGGGGGCUUUCCAGGACCGAGAGGUGAUGAUGGCUUUAGAGGUGAUCCUGGUGAAUGUCUAUGCAAAUCUACUGACCUGAAGGGCCCUCCAGGGCUUCCAGGGGCUAACGGGCUCCCAGGGUCAGUAGGGCAGCGCGGACCCCCAGGCCCCAAAGGAGAGAUGGGUUACUCUGGAGACCCAGGAGCGAAGGGGGCCCAGGGACCAAGGGGCUUCAGGGGGCCCAACGGCCAGAAAGGACGGAAAGGUUUCACUGUGGCCGGCUUGAAAGGCGAGUUCAUCACAUUUACAAAGUUACUUCUGUUACUUUUGUCUUAUUUCAAGUUUAUCAAGACAUUUACACUGGAAACUGGACCAAAAGCAUUUUUGCAGUGUGAUGAACGAAUGAAUCUUGUUUUCAUGUUUCAGAUUCUCAUUCUGAUUUUGUUUCCAGGUGAAAAGGGAGAAAAGGGCAAAGGGGGCCCUGAAGGGGACCAAGGAACCUGGGGGACAGUCGGACCCCCGGGGCGCCCAGGACCACCUGGAGACCAGGGACUUAAGGGGGACAGUGUCCCUGGUUUCCCUGGAGACAAAGGCUUCCCUGGACCUCAGGGACCGAAUGGAUUCCCAGGACGGUCAGGGCCCCCUGGAGUCAGCGUGGCGGGGCCCCGUGGAGAGCGCGGGACCCCUGGGAACCCAGGACCUGAUGGAUUUCCUGGACCGCCUGGACUGAAGGGAGAUCCAGGAGACCAUGGCCUCUGGUUUUCGAAUCCCGGCCGUCCGGGGCCGAAGGGACACCGUGGACCACCAGGUGCCCCAGGUCCUCCAGGUGCUAAUGGCACCGCUGGCAUCCGAGGACCGGACGGGCCUAAAGGGGAGAAGGGACUGUCUUACGCUCCAGAACCGCCUGGGGACCGAGGACCUCCAGGAGCUGCUGGAGAUCCUGGAGAAAAGGGAACCGACGGUUAUUGUGAUGAUGGAAGUCCAGGUUGUCCGGGGCCGCUGGGCCCCCCUGGGCUCCCCGGACCAAGAGGCAAUAUUCAGAGUGGCCCCCAGGGGCCCGAAGGCCAGCCUGGACCGCCGGGGUCCCCAGGACGUAAAGGACGCCUCGGCCCCCCAGGCAACCAGGGAGCACCAGGUCCCCAGGGGCCUUCUGGCUACCCUGGAGCGAAAGGACACAAAGGAUAUGCCGGGGCCCCUGGCCGACCAGGUCCUCUGGGGUCCACAUCAGACGAUUGUAAGGCAGGGACACCUGAUAACAUGGGCCCUCCAGGCCCUCCGGGACCUUGUGGCCCUCAAGGACCUCGUGGCCCUUGCGGUUGUAAAGGUGAAGUUGGGGAUAAAGGUCAUUCAGCUAUUGGUCCAAAAGGCAAGAUUGGAGAACCUGGAGUUCAGGGGUCUCCAGGGACACAAGGAUGUAAGGGGCCCCAAGGCCCUGUUGGGGACACUGGCUCAAUGGGGCCCUCUGGUGGGAAAGGUCUGACUGGGCCGGAGGGCUUUGAAGGAAGGCCAGGUUUUCCAGGAAACAAGGGCAAUCCUGGAGGCUCAGGCAAGCCCGGAGAGCGGGGGCCUAAAGGACAAGAUGGAGCUCAGGGUUGUGCAGGCCCAAAGGGACCAAAAGGUCACAAAGGUUGUGCUGGUCCUCCAGGAGAACUCAUCCCCAGACCUGAAAAGGGCCCAAGAGGACCACGAGGAUGCCCCGGCGAUCCCGGAUUCUCCGGACCACGAGGAAACAAAGGUGAGGCUGGAUGCACAGGGAAUACUGGGUAUCCGGGCCCCAAUGGACCCCCAGGUUGUAGGGGACCUCAGGGACCCCGAGGGCCCCAGGGUAAGCAAGGCCCGCCCGGACCUCCAGGAACCAAAGGACAUCAAGGAUACUUCGGAUUUCCUGGGCUGAAUGGAGAACUGGGCGACUCAGGAUGUCAGGGACCCCCUGGGAAACCUGGGAAUCCAGGAUGUCGUGGACCUAGAGGUGAUAAAGGAGACGCCCUUGGUGGUCCUGGUCCACCUGGAGAUAAGGGCCAUCCUGGGAACCAAGGCCCUGAUGGCCCUUGUGGUCCUCCUGGAGAUUGUGGGCACAAAGGCCUCUGUGGGCCACAAGGACAGAGAGGAUGCAAGGGACACAAAGGAUUACGAGGAUGCCCUGGUGAACCAGGUGUGGCUGGUCCUGCAGGGCCCAAAGGUUACCAUGGGCUUCGAGGGCCUCCUGGUCGAGAUGGAGUGGACGGUCCCCCGGGGAGGGAUGGUAACCCAGGAAACAGAGGAGCUCCGGGGCCACCAGGGCUUCAUGGGUUAGACGGACUGAGUGGACAGGCAGGCGCCAUGGGGUCCAAAGGUGUAUGUCCGGACAUCAGUAAAAGUGAAAAAGGCCCUCCAGGCCCUAAAGGUCUUCCAGGUCCUCCAGGUCCACCAGGUCCCACUUGUCCACCCAAGAAUGGCCCACCAGGACCGAAAGGCCCAACAGGACCCCAGGGGCCUCCAGGUGAUAGUGGACCGCCAGGUCCACCUGGAGGCGACUGUAAAAACCCAAAACCAGGGCUAUGUGGGGAUCCUGGUGAUAGGGGCCCAGAUGGAGAUCCAGGUUGUCCUGGUGAAAUGGGAGAUCCUGGUCCAAAUACACCAAACUGUGGGGACAAAGGAGACACUGGUGAUCCAGGGUGCUCAGGGCCAAAAGGACGCCAUGGAUAUCAGGGGCCACCCGGACCACCAGGCAACCCUGGAAACCAAGGGCCCAAAGGUAUGAGAGGCGAGUCGGGUUUGCUGGGCAUACCUGGAGAACAGGGUCCGAGGGGUCACCCAGGUUGCCCAGGGCCCAAAGGAAGGCCUGGAUUCAAUGGAUUAGACGGUCCAAAAGGGCAGAAGGGCCGAAUCUUAUCGAAUGGCCCUCCCUGCUCACCGGUUAGGGGCCCUAACGGGCCACCUGGCCCUCCUGGAGCUAGCGGAGAUCGGGGCCAGAGGGGAGAAAUUGGCCUCUUAGGGAUGAAGGGGGAUCCUGGGGCUGAUGGAGCAAUGGGACCCCAGGGGCAAGAAGGUUCCCUGGGACAGAUGGGAGAGCCAGGCCAGCCUGGAGAGAACGGAGUUCUGGGAGAAAAGGGUGAUCCGGGUCCCCCUGGUGACCCAGGUCCACCUGGGCCGACCGGAGGCAUGAAACCAGGGUUCCUGUUGGUGAAACACAGCCAAUCAAAAAAUGAACCAACAUGUCCGCCAAAUAUGCAUCCACUUUGGACUGGAUACAGCCUGCUGUACCUGGAAGGCCAGGAGAAGGCGUACUCCCAGGAUCUGGGUCAGGCCGGCUCCUGCAUUCCCGUGUUCUCCACCUUGCCGUUUUCCGUCUGCGAGACCAAAAAGUGCAAAUACGCCAAUCGAAACGACAAAUCCUAUUGGCUGUCAACGAUGAAGCUGCAUCCAGACCAUCCAUUCAGAGGAGAUACCAUCAAGGAGUACAUCAGUCGCUGCGUGGUGUGUGAGGCGCCCUCUGCUGCAGUGGCCAUGCAUGACCCCAACUCCAGAGAGCCACCAAGCUGUCCCCCCAACUGGAGCCGCCUGUGGACCGGAUACUCCUUCAUCAUGUUUUCAGGUGGCGGUGAUGAGGGCGGCGGACUCUCUCUGAUGUCGCCGGGCAGCUGCCUGUCUCAGUUCAAAGCCCAGCCCUUCGUGGAGUGCCAGGGCGCGCGGGGAACCUGCCACUUCUUCGCCAACAUCUACAGCUUCUGGCUGACCACCCAGAGCGGCACCGAGGGCGCGCUGACCGACUCCGACCAGCAGAGGGCGCACGUCGCCCAGUGCAGCGUCUGCAUCCGCAUGUGAGGCGCAGCAGGGCGGCGCUGGAGAGACUGGCGCCUUAAAGACCGAGGCGGGGCGCAGGAUGAGGCUUUUAUUUUGAAGAGGAGAAACUGUGACGAUCCCGGCUGCCGAAACGCUGAUCAGGAGCGACUGGGAGCGCGGUGGGUCCGUCACCAACAUGGCGACUGGAAAAUGGGAAGAUAUUUAGUUUUAACCUCUAAAAUGGCCGCGCUUGUGCUGACUUCCUGCAGACGGAUUUUACCAAAACAAUUUAGAGAAUAAAUACAGUAGGAUGCUGACAGUCCUAAUUAUAGAGUUGAAAUCAAGGAAACAGUCGAAUUUAAUCAGAUUAAAGGUUAAAAAGUAACAUAAGCAAAACAAAAUCAACAGCUUUAAUGAUUUCAGGUCCUCCUUUCUCUCAGUUUUCCCUCAUCAGGUGUUAAACCGGAUCAGAACCAGAUCCUUCUCUAAAGUUCACUUCAUAGCCAGAAACAGAAACUCAGGAACUUCUGGAGCUUUAAAAGUUCACAGAUCUGACAGUUCCAGCUAAAAACAGAGUUUAAAGUUUUUUAAAUGUUGCCAAAUCAUUUCCUGUUUAACACAAUUCAGCUUAAAUGUUUUUCUGGGUUUUAUCCUCAUAUUUUGUUCAUUCAAUUCAUUUUAAUUCAAAAUUCUUUAUUGAUCCCAUAGAGAAAUGAAAUGUAACUCAGAUCAUCCCAGUUUCUUCAGAGUUGGUGUUGAAGGCGAUGCUGCAGGCAGGAAGGAUCUCCAGUAGCAGUCAGGGUUCCAACGAUUCUGCAGAGGGAUCUGACUGAAGACUGCUGCUGUGUGACACGCUAACUUGCUAAUACGCAGGCAGCAGAGAUGAUAUUCCACAGGAACAUAUCCUGGGUGACAUCAUCAGUUGUUAGCUAGCAAUGCUAAUUCACCUCUUUUGCUUUUGCUGCUCCUCUCUAUGUCUCUGCCUGGCUGUUUGGUGAGAGAGAUGCUGGAGUAGGGGAUUCAACCCUAAAGUCAGUUGAAACUCUGGCUGGAGUUUGAACUUCAUCCAUUUUGUUUGCCAAAGAUCUCUCAUUGGCUAACACGAUGGAGGGAAGAGAUGGUCUGAACUUCCUCCUUUUCAGCUCCUCUGGGAUCUGGGGUCAAAGUUCAGGUCUUAGCUUUAGACAUGCUAACCUUCCUUUCACAAGCUAGUUGUGUCGUUGCAUGGUGUGUAUUUAUGUUCAUCAUCUGGGCGGAGCCUGACGCCCGACCCUGGCAGCCCAUUGGCUGCUGCGACCUUUCUCUCCUCCUGUCAGGCAAAAUAAGCCCCGCCCCUAGCGGCAGCAGCGACCACUCUGAUUGGUUGGCUGGGAGGUAGCAAUGGAAAACAAGUCGCUGUUUUUUGUUUUGUUGAGAACUGCGUGGAAAGCUGUGAAUAUUUUUUCAUAUCUUUGAUCCGCUUUAAUGUUUUUGAUCCAAUAGAAACAACUUCCUGUUUGUUUGUGUUCAGGAUUUUCAGAGUAAAACAAAAGAAUCAAGUUCAGAACGCUAUGCAGCAGAAAAGAUCUGAGGUCCAAAACAAGAAAAAACUGGAACCAGAACUGCUUCAGAACCAGAACCGCUCUAGAACAGAAAUGUUUUAGAAUCAGAACAACCAGAACCACUUCAGAACCAGGACCAGAACCGUUUUAGAAGUAGGAAGUGGCGCUCGUUGUGUUCCGCCUGCGUUCCUGUUGCUUUAAAUCUGGUUUUUGGGUUUUUGUCUGUUUUGGUUCCAGUUCUGGUCCUGGUUCAGUUUUCUGGUUCUGGUUCUGGUUCUGUUGGAUUCGUUAGUGCCCUGUAAAUAUGUUUGAUCUCAACUGUUUUAUAAGUUUUCUGUAAAUUUCAUUGGAGUAUUUAUUUAGCCUUGAAAAUAAUGCUGGUGCUAUUUCAUUUUUGUUUUUGUCUCUUAUUUUGGUAAAUGAUGACAGGAUGUAACCCCACCCUGAUCUUCCGCCAAAAUAAAGCAAUUAUCUGACAAAUAAUGGAUUUCUAACAAUUUCUCAAGUUGUGUAGCGCACUUAUAAAAUGUACAAGUUACAUUAAAGUGGAUAAAGCCCAAAGGGUCUUAGAGGACAAAUAGUGACUGAAAUUUAGAUUUAGGAAUAAAAUCUGGAGGAAUAACUAUUGUAAGACUACAGUUCCCAUGAUCCCUCUGUUUUUAUUUUGCUUUCAUUCUAAUUAAAGCUGCUGGUUAUAUUUUAUUCUCUGUAGGAGGAAACUUCCCACUAACACUCCUGAAACAUUUCUACUUCCUGCUGAUGGAAAACUCAAUAAACUGCAUCAAAAUGUCAA